AUGAAGCGCAGUGAUAGCAAUACUCGUGGCGAGCCUCGAAAACCGACGCCAUCGUCACACCAACACAACGGAAGCGGCGAUACGCAAUUGGCAGCAGCGCGUCGCGAUUCGACACCGCCGUUGUUCGCCGCGAUGGCGAGCUUCCUCGAUUUUUUGCAGGUCAACAAACACAAAACAUUUCGGCCGAAGAAGAAGUUCCCGCAGGGCACCCUUCGACACCACUUGCAUAAGCAGGCCGAAGCCACACUUCAUUCCGGCGUCGAUUUGCGGCAGGCCGUCAAAUUGCCGCCCAACGAAAAUUUCGACGAUUGGCUCGCCGUUCACACUGUCGACUUUUUUAAUCGAAUCAAUUUAAUGUAUGGAACAAUUUCGGACGUAUGUACCGCUGAAUCGUGCCCAACAAUGUCGGGAGGCUCAAGAUAUGAGUAUUUAUGGCAAGACGGAAUCGAAUAUAAGAAACCCACGCGAUUGCCGGCGCCGCAAUACAUGCAACUAUUAAUGGAUUGGAUUGAAAUUCGAAUCAAUGACGAGCACAUUUUUCCGUCGAAUACGAGUGUACCAUUUCCGAAGGAUUUUCGCCAAAUUUGCAAAAAAAUUCUGACGCGAUUGUUUCGAGUUUUCGUGCAUGUUUACAUUCAUCAUUUCGAUCGUAUUCGCGAACUCGGCGCGGAACCCCACGCGAACACGCUGUACAAACAUUUCUAUUUUUUCGUCACCGAAUAUGGAAUGGUUUCGGCAAAAGAGCUCGAAGCAUUGAAGGACAUGACGGAACGCUUAUUGGAAAGCCAAAGUCGCCGAGCGCCGAUUCCAGCGGCCACAGCGUUUGCUCCACGGGCAUAA